UCUGCAACUUGAGAGCUAUUUCUCUUUUCACUCUCCUUCACCUGAAUCCGUCAUUUCUUUUUUUUUUCUUACUUCUCUGAAAAGCGAUAAAGCACACACAUACUCACACAUACACACUUUGACUGGAUUGAAUCUCCUUGCACGAUGGAUCAAGCCGAUGUCAAGGUUGAAUAUACCAUACCAGUAAAACGCCAAGCGUCGACAAGCAGUAAAAAAGGGAUCAACGGUCAAAAGAACAAUAGCACAGGCAAUGCACGAGUCAACGAUGGCGCUGGAUCGGUUCCAGAAUUCAUUCAAAAGCUCUUUAGGAUGCUAGAAAACAAAGCUUUCAAACAGACCUUUUGCUGGGGCCCGGAUGGAACUACGUUCGUUGUCAAGGAUACCAAUGAAUUUGCCAAAACAAUUCUCCCAAAGCACUUUAAACACUGCAAUUUUGCAAGCUUUGUGCGCCAGCUUAACAAAUACGAUUUCCACAAGGUUCGGAACGCGGAAGAUGGGCAUAAACCCUAUGGUGAUCAGGCUUGGGAGUUUGUGCAUCCGAAGUUUAGACGGGACCGUAAAGAUCUGUUGGAGGAGAUACGGAGAAAGACACCGGGCAAGCAGAAAAAGGAUGAGGCUGCUGCUGCUGCUGCUACUGGUGGUGGAGGCAGUGGCAAUAACGGUGGUAGUGGGGCAUCAGGUACCAAGGACAAAAAUUCGGGUCCCGAUGGACUGAACGCAUCCAAAGAAGACGAGGACCAAUUGUCUUCAGAGUCGCUUAACGAGAUUCGGCAGUUAACAGAAUCUCUCCAGAGCCAAGUCAGUCAGCUUCAGCAAUCACAGGCGACUAUGGAAUCAACCGUACAACGUCUUACGAGUAACGACCAUUUGAUUCUCAACGAGUUUAUGAAUUUCAGCAAAAACAUGGCUGCCAAGGAUGAACUCAUUCGGCAGUUCCUUCAGAUAGCAGUAAAUCGGGAUAAGGAACGAGCUCAUGCACAACCAUCGUUGCACAACAACGCCGCGGAUUCAAAUAUUACUUCGGCAGAAACACAAAAGCUCCUCGACUCGUAUUCCAAAGUGUCCAAUGCAAACACAGUACAGCUCGAGAACAUUACAAAACAGUUGCAGCAUGUUCCCGGUGAGCCUUGGUCUCAAGCUUCGUCGAUGCGAGAACCAACGGUUCCCUCUCAGCGGGCCUCCGCUAACCCUUUCAACCUAUCGCGACAAGCAGAGCAUCCAGCGGUCGCAGCUGCUGCCAGCAUGAAUGCUGGAAGCUUAAUCGGUUCACCUCUCAAAACAGGAGAGGGGUUGGCUUUUGUCAGACUGGGUCGCCUUUCACCACACAUGUCUGUCAAGGAUAACAAACCUUCGCUUGAAAUUCGAGUGGCACCCGAGGAAUCAACAUCUUCUUGUUCGGCCGCGGAGACAAGUCAAUCCAUGGCGACACCUGUGCCGUCUUCGCAAGAGCCUGUCACAAUCCAUAAUCGUCUCAGUAUGAAACGGAAGGCAGGAGGGAACGGCUGGACGGUUCCUCCUCGAGUGUUGCUGGUCGACGACGACUCUGUCUACCGAGAUCUGAGCGGGAAGCUAUUGCAAGUUAUUGGCUGUACUAUCGACCUAGCAAAGGACGGCAUGGAGGCAAUACGCAUGAUGGGCAUGGAAAAAUAUGAUCUUAUUCUGAUGGAUAUUGUCAUGCCUAACCUUGAUGGUAUAUCUGCCACACGCAACAUUCGACAAUACGAUAUGCUGACACCGAUCAUAUCCAUGACAUCCAAUUUCACCGACAACGAUAUUGUGCAAUACGUUGGAAGUGGAAUGAAUGACAUUUUACCCAAACCAUUCUCGAAGCGCACGCUUUACGGCAUACUCGAAAAAUACUGUGCCCAUCUGAAGGUUAUUCAGCAAUUUCAGGAUCCAACAACAAUUCAUCGAGGUUUAGGCCUGUUACCACCGUCCACACAAGAUGGCAGCAGUGGCAGCAGCAGUAGUUGUAAUAGCCCCAACAGCAGUGCCAAUGGCAUCACUACUGGCGCCUUUAUUGAAGAAAUUACUCCACAGCCCACUGCGGUAUCAUCAACAGCCAGCGUUCCACAAGUUCCUACACAGCAGCAAAUUCCAUCAUCGUCAUCUUCACCAUCACCUUCUUCACAUCCUGUUGCUACCACUGGCAUCAGUGCUGCUCCAAUGCCGUAUUCCGCUGCCAUGAAUCCCACGGUACCUGGAAUGCAUCCCAACAGUCUUAAUCCAUCCUAUCAGCAUCAUCAUCCAUUAGCAACUCCCUUGGUUCCUACAAACAGUGUUUCCAUGAAUGCUGCUGCAACGACGACUACAGUUUGGUCACAGCAACAGCCGUCAUCAACACAGCCACCAAUGUCAGCAGUACCGGCGCAAGCUCAAACGAUGAUUCCUUCGAAUGAUGUCAAGUUUACUUGGAUCCCACCAAAUUCUUCUUCAGAGACGCAGGCGCCUCAAAUUGAAUUUGCUGUUGCUGGUAAUAAUGCAGCCAAGCGAAGGAGGGUAAACGAAGCACAGUAAACACCCUAGCACAAAUUUGUUCUGUUGUAUAUAUGUAUGUAUCCCCACCCCCCACAUUGUCCACCUCAAUUUAUAUAUCUGUCUCUUUUCUCUCUCUCUCUCUCUCUCUCUCUCUCUCUCUCU